GGUCUCUUUCUCGUCCAAUGGGUAGCAGUGCUGUGUGGGUCUUCUUGGCUCUUGAGAUGAUCAUUGCUGUAGCUUGUUGUCUGGGCAAUGCGCUGGUGAUCUGGGCAGUAUGGACAUGUGGAGCCCUCAGGCAGCCCACCUUCUGCUUCAUUGUGUCCCUCGCUGUGGCUGAUUUCCUUGUGGGAUUGGUGGCCAUCCCCAUAACUGUGUUGGUGGACAUUGGUAUGACCACCUCCUUUUAUGGCUGCCUUUUCAUGUGCUGUGUCAUCAUAAUGCUAGAGGUGGCUUCUGUCGUCUUACUCCUGGCCAUCGCAGUGGACCGUUUUCUGCGUGUGCACAUCCCUCUGACGUAUAAGUCUACAGUUACUCAAAAACGCUCUUGGAUGGUGGUGGCAAUCUGCUGGUUCACUGCUGCACUGUUGAGUUUUAUCCCCAUGUUUGGAUGGCACAAUGAAAACACUUCGAAUGGGACGACACAAGCAAACUCCACCAGUUUUCAAUGCAGUUUCUUCACUGCUAGCAGCCGUUCAUAUGUUGUAAACUUCAUAUUCUUCAGCUUCUUCAUUCCUCUAUUGGCUAUUAUGACAGGCUUGUACUGUUACAUCUUCCUGACCACUAGAAGGCAGUUAAGAGUAAAUAUAGGUGCAGCUACUGAGUCCCACAAGUAUUAUCAAAAAGAACACAGACUGGCUGCUUCACUGGUUCUGGUCUUGGGUCUAUUUGUUGUCUGUUGGCUCCCUAUGUUCCUCAUGCACACUAUAAUAUUAUACGGUCCUAAAAUCGAGGUGUCCUCUCUCUUCAUUUACACAGGCGUUCUCCUGUCUCAUGUUAAUUCAGCAGUUAACCCCAUAGUGUAUGCAUUUAAGAUUCCAAAGUUAAAAAAGGAGUUUAGGAAGCUGUGCAUGAGAGUUUACCAUGACAGAGAACAGCAGCAGAUAGACAGUCCAAAAAACAGCAGGGCAAAAGACAGUAGCACAGAAAGCAGAAGUGCUACCCAGGAGUCAGAGUUGUAAAAAAUCCUGCUGCAAGUGAUGAGAUUCUAGAGAAACUUACUAAGUCAGAAUUGUUCACAGUGGUGAUGACAGAAACCAGAUGCCUGUUUAAUGUCUCU